UGCUCAGCCCCGCGCGGCCCGAGCUCAGCAUGAUCUCGCCUCCUGCAGCCGCCGCACACACCCCGUGGCUGCGCCCGUCCCUAGCUGAACCGGAGCGGCUUCCGCCCCGGGACCCCCUGCUCCGCCUGCAAGACACGCCGCGGCUGGGGUGGUGAGAGGCCGCGGGCAUGGCGGCCCCCGGGGACUGCUGCGUCCAGGUAGCGGUGAGGAUCCGUCCCCAGCUGUCAAAGGAGAAGAUUGAGGGAUGCCACAUCUGCACUUCAGUGACUUCUGGGGAGCCCCAGGUGCUGCUGGGAAAGGACAAGGCAUUCACCUAUGACUUUGUGUUCGACCUGGACACGUGGCAGGAGCGGAUCUACACCACCUGCGUCAGCAAACUCAUCGAGGGCUGCUUUGAAGGCUACAAUGCCACCGUGCUGGCGUAUGGCCAGACCGGAGCUGGGAAGACUUACACCAUGGGCACUGGCUUUGACACGCACAUCUCGGAGGAGGAGCACGGGAUCAUCCCACGGGCCAUCUCCCACCUCUUCAGCGGCAUCGAGCAACGCAAACGGGAGGCGCAGGAGCGUGGCACAGCCGUGCCGGAGUUCAAAGUCAGCGCCCAGUUCCUGGAGCUCUACAACGAGGAGAUCCUGGACCUGUUCGACAGCGCUCGGGAUCCCGACUCCCGCCACCGCAAGUCCAACAUCAAAAUCCACGAGGACGCCAGCGGAAGCAUCUACACCACGGGCGUCACCUCCCGUCUCAUCAGCUCCCAGGAUGAGCUGAUCCAGUGCCUGAAGCAGGGAGCUCUGUCCCGCACAACCGCCAGCACCCAGAUGAAUGUCCAGAGCUCCCGCUCCCACGCCAUCUUCACCAUCCACCUGUGCCAAAUGAGAGUCUCUGCCCAGCCCGACCUGGUGACUGGCCUUCCAGAGGGAUCCCAGGCCACCAGCGAGUAUGAGACCCUCACCGCCAAGUUCCACUUCGUCGACCUGGCCGGCUCGGAGAGGCUGAAGCGGACGGGAGCUACGGGCGAGAGAGCCAAGGAGGGCAUCUCCAUCAACUGCGGCCUGCUGGCAUUGGGAAACGUCAUAAGCGCCCUUGGAGACCAGAGCAAGAAAGCGGUGCACGUACCCUACCGAGACUCCAAACUGACCCGGCUCCUACAGGACUCCCUUGGGGGGAACAGCCAAACCAUCAUGAUUGCCUGCAUCAGCCCCUCUGACCGGGACUUCAUGGAGACCUUGAACACGCUCAAGUAUGCCAACCGGGCUCGCAACAUCAAGAACAAAGUGGUGGUGAACCAGGACAAAACCAGCCAGCAGAUCAGUGCCCUGCGGGCCGAGAUCGCCCGCCUCCAGAUGGAGCUCAUGGAGUACAAGGCGGGCAAGCGCGUGAUCGGGGAGGAUGGUGCCGAGGGCUACAGUGACUUGUUCCAGGAGAACACCAUGCUCCAAAAGGAGAACGCCACCUUGCGCAUGAGGGUGAAGGCCAUGCAGGAGGCUAUUGAUGCCAUCAACAGCCGGGUCACCCACCUGAUGAGCCAGGAGGCCAAUUUGAUACUGGCCAAGGCAGGUGAUGGCGACGAGGCCAUUGGCGCCCUGAUCCAGAACUACAUCCGGGAGAUCGAGGAGCUCAGGACAAAGCUCUUGGAGAGCGAAGCCAUGAAUGAGUCACUCCGCCGGAGUCUGUCACGGGUCUCCUCCAGGCCCCCGUACUCCCUGGGCUUGUCUCCAGGCCCGAGCCUGGGAGCACUCAGCAGCCCCAUGGUCUCCAUGGAGGCAGAGGCUUCUGAAGUCCUUCGGCGGGCCAAGCAGGACCUGGAGCGGCUGAAGAAGGAGACCAGGCAGCGGAGGAAGAGCCCAGAGAAGGAGGCCUUUAAGAAGAGGCCAAAGCUGCAGCAGGAGAAUGGGGAGGAGACGGACGAGAACGAGGAGGAGGAGGAGGAGCGGGAGGAGAGUGGCUGUGAGGAUGAGGACGAGGAUUCGGGCAGCGAGGAGAGCCUGGUGGACUCAGACUCCGAUGCGGAGGAGAAGGUGGUGAAUUUCCAGGCUGACCUGGCCGACCUGACCUGCGAGAUCGAGAUCAAGCAGAAGCUGAUUGACGAGCUGGAGAAUAGCCAGCGGCGCCUGCAGACGCUCAAGCACCAGUAUGAGGAGAAGCUAAUCCUGCUGCAGAACAAGAUCCGUGACACCCAGCUGGAGAGGGACCGGGUGCUGCAGAACCUAAGCACUAUGGAAUGCUACACGGAGGAGAAGGCCAACAAGAUCAAGGCGGACUAUGAGAAGCGGCUGAAGGAGAUGAAUCGGGACCUGCAGAAGCUGCAGGCGGCCCAGAAGGAACAUGCUCGCCUGCUCAAGAACCAGUCGCGCUAUGAGCGGGAGCUCAAGAAGCUGCAGGCUGAGGUGGCAGAGAUGAAGAAGGCAAAGGUGGCACUGAUGAAGCAGAUGCGGGAGGAGCAACAGCGGAGGCGGCUGUUGGAGACCAAGCGGAACCGGGAGAUCGCCCAGCUGAAGAAGGAGCAGCGCAGACAGGAGUUUCAGAUCCGGGCGCUGGAGUCUCAGAAGCGGCAGCAGGAAAUCGUGCUGCGAAGGAAAACCCAGGAGGUUUCUGCUCUGCGCCGCCUGGCCAAGCCCAUGUCAGAUCGGGUCUCUGGGAGGCUGAGUCAGAAGCCAGCCAUGCUGGACUCUGGUGCGGAGGUGUCUGCCAGCGCCACCUCCUCGGAACCGGAGUCCGGCUCCCGCUCAGUCUCCAGCAUCGUGCGCCAGUGGAACCGGAAAAUUGACCACUUCCUGGGAGACCCUUCACCCUCCAUAAAUGGGGCUCGGCCCGUCAGGAAGAAGUUCCCAAAGAAGGGGAUGAGCCAGACCUUCAGCAAGGCAGCCCGGCUCAAGUGGCAGUCACUGGAGCGGCGCAUCUUCGACGUCGUCAUGCAGAGGAUGACCAUCGUCAACCUGGAGGCGGACAUGGAGCGGCUGAUCAAGAAACGCGAGGAGCUGGCGCUGCUGCAGGAGGCGCUGCUGGGGAAGAGGGGAAAGCUGCAGGCGGAGAGCCCGGAGGAGCAGAAGGGCCUGCAGGAGCUGAAUGAGGAGAUCGAGGUGCUGACAGCCAACAUCGACUACAUCAACGACAGCAUCGCCGACUGCCAGGCCACCAUCAUGCAGCUGGAGGAGACCAAGGAGGAGCUGGACUCCACCGACACCUCUGUGGUGAUCAGCUCCUGCUCCUUGGCCGAGGCGCGCCUCCUGCUGGACAACUUCCUCAAGGCAUCCAUCGAUAAGGGACUGCAAGUGGCUCAGAAAGAAGCCCAGAUCCGCCUGCUGGAAGGGCGCCUGAGACAAACGGAUGUGACCGGCUCCUCCCAGAACCACGUGAUCCUGGAUGCCCUGCGGGAGAAAGCGGAGUCCCACCCCGAGCUGCAGGCGCUCAUCCACAACGUGCAGCAAGAGAAUGGUUAUGCCAGCACAGACGAGGAGAUCUCGGAGUUCAGCCUGGCCUCGGAGGGGAGCUUCUCCCAGUCUUUCACCAUGAAGGGCUCAGCCAGCCAGGAUGACUUCAAGUUCAAGGGGGAACCCAAGCUGUCAGGCCAGAUGAAGGCUGUGUCGGCUGAGUGCCUGGGACCCACGCUGGACAUCUCCACCAAGAACAUCACCAAGUCCUUGGUAUCCCUCAUGGAGAUCAAGGAAGACGGGAUUGGCUUUUCCAUCCGGGAUUCCUACUACAAGGACAAGGUCUCCCGCACCAUCAGCCUGCCCACCCGUGGCAGCACCUUCCCUAGGCCGUCUCGUGGCUCGGACACCUCGCCUCUGACCCGGAGGAAAUCCUAUGAUCGGGGGCAGCCUGCCAGGACUUCAGAUGUUGGCUUCACGCCUCCCUCAUCCCCUCCCACCAGGCCGCGCAACGAUCGCAACGUCUUCUCCCGCCUCACCAGCAACCAGAGCCAGGGCUCCGCACUGGACAAGUCUGACGACAGCGAUUCCUCUGUCUCGGAGGUGCUGAGGGGCCUCAUUAACCCUGUGGGCGGUGCCAGGAGCGCCCGGACAGCCCCACUGCAGUGCAUCUCUGUGGCGGAGGGACACUCCAAGCCUGUUCUCUGCGUGGACGCCACCGAUGAGCUGCUCUUCUCCGGAUCCAAAGACCGGAGCUGCAAAAUGUGGAACCUGGUGACGGGCCAGGAAAUCGCCUCGCUGAAGGGCCACCCCAACAAUGUAGUGUCCAUCAAGUACUGCAGCCACUCAGGGUUGGUCUUCACUGUCUCCACAUCCUACAUCAAGGUGUGGGACAUCCGGGACUCGGCCAAGUGCGUCCGCACCCUCACCUCUUCGGGUCAGGUGAUCUCCGGGGACGCCUGUGCUGGAACCACGACCCGCACCAUCGCCAGCGUGCAAGGCGAGCACCAGAUCAACCAGAUCGCGCUCAACCCUGCCGGCACCAUGCUCUACUCUGCCGCUGGGAACUGCGUCCGCAUCUGGGAGCUCAACAGGUUGCAGCCGAUCGGGAAGCUGACCGGCCACAGCGGGCCCGUGAUGUGUCUGACUGUGAACCAGACUGUGAGCAACCAUGAUCUGGUCAUCACCGGCUCCAAGGAUCACUACGUCAAGAUGUUUGAGAUCACGGACAGUGUGGUGGGGAAUGUCGGCCCCACCCAUAACUUCGAGCCCCCGCACUAUGACGGCAUCGAGUGUCUGGCCAUCCAGGGCGAUGUGCUCUUCAGCGGCUCCAGAGACAAUGGGAUCAAGAAGUGGGACCUGGAGCAGCAGGAGCUCCUCCAGCAAAUCCCCAAUGCACAUAAGGACUGGGUUUGCGCACUGGCCUUCGUCCCCGGCCGCCCCAUGCUGCUGAGCGCCUGCCGCGGGGGCAUGGUGAAGGUCUGGAAUGUGGAGAACUUCACGCCUGUUGGGGAGAUCAAAGGCCACGACAGCCCCAUCAAUGCCAUCUGCACCAAUUCCAAGCACAUAUUCACUGCUUCCAGUGACCUGACGGUGAAGCUCUGGAGCAGGAGAAGAUUCCUGAACGGCCCGACCUAGGUGCUGGAAAGGCCGGAGCCAGGGCGACUGUCAGGCUCCCUGGGGGGCCCAGGCCCCAUCCCUUCUCCCUGGCCGUGAAGAGCUGGGAGCGGCCUGGCCUAUGUGUGCUCGUUUCCAGGACUCUGGGGUGACCGCAUCUCAGCUGGGGCUUUGUGCACUGCCAGCUUCCAUGGCUAGGGGGCGUAGUUCCCAUCCAGCCCCACGCUGGGUUUCAUGAUGCAUAGGGCUUUCUGCUGACCGGGACAUGGCCUUGCCAGCCACGGGGAGGACCAUGAACUGAGAGACUCAAUGGGAUCAUUCCAGUCUGUCCCACAGCCUGUUCAGCACCCCCCAUCGCUGGGUCUCCUGACCAGAUCCACAUGCUGCCUGGCAAUUGUCGACCUUUGCAUCUGACCCACCUUGUUCUGAGCCAGGAUGCCCCCCCUUCUGUCCCGGGGGUGGAGAGAAGGAAGCUGGACAUUGGGGGAAAAAUCUCUAUGGGCAUCUCCAAGGAAAAGUGGAGUUUCUGGAUCUGUUCACUUUGCCCCCCCAACCGACCUGACUGAGCCUUAAUCGCGCACUGGUCCAUUCACUCUUCCCUGUGGUCCCCUCACUGCCCAUUUGGACACCCGGCUUGGUGCCAUCUCUGCUGUGCAUGGGACUAGCUUAUUCCCAGCUGCUGCGGGAAGGGAUCAAAGCUUUUAUAGUGGGGGUUUUAAAGAAUUUUUUUACCACCCUUGAGAAUGGAUUGGAACCUGGGGAUUUUUAAUAGCCGGGAAAGGCUUUAAUGCUGGGAAAAGGGCUAAGCUCUCCGCACCACCUCACAAGAGGGGUUUAGGUUUGCUUGGGGCAGUCCUAUGGGGCCUGGCUUGGAAGAGGUCCGGGAUUAGAGUAGUGUGUGGAAGGGCGGGCAGGGGGUGGUUAUAUGGUCAAGAGAGAGGUGCCUUGGCAAAGGUGGAGGGCAUGGGGUGCUCUGGACAGGAUCUGCAGCAGGGAGCAGAGCAGGGCUAGAAUGGAGCUGGACGAAGGGGAGGGCGGGGGUAGUGGGAGGGACCCACAUGAGACUUGAGGUGCGUUAGCAGAGCUGUGGGGGCAAUGAGGGGUUGCCCAUGCCCAUGGCCGGCCCAUGCUCUGUUUGCCACCCACCUGCACUGCCAGUCUGGCACAAGACACUAAAUCACCAAGGUCACCCCAAAUUUGGGUUUUAUAAAAGUCAAAAUUCCGUAAGGUCUCUCGCCACCAUCUCCCGCCAUGCUUGGGUGCCCCCUUUCCUCUGGGGCAUUCACAGCCAAGUGCCUGCAGCUGCCAGAGCCACGUGAGCAUCCCACAGCGCUGCACUCCCCAAAGCACAUGGACACGCUUUCACUGGAAUCUUUCUCUACCUUCACUCCCCCCUCCCCUAAGGACUGACUAAGGCGUCCCAGUCCCACGCAGCCAACGCCCAGUGCAGUCGGACCCUUCGUCACCCAGCUUUUUGCUGCUGCUUAACGCCCUGGGGGUGCAGAACUUGCUGUGAAAUGGACCUGAGGGAACCGCAGCAGGCUGUCCGUUUUCCCCGGGUGUGUUUCUUGUGUCAUGCCGCACAUCACAUAAGGCGGCGGUUGGAGUCUGGUUUUACGGAUUGAUCCCCGUCAAUGUGCUGGGGGUGGUGAAGUGUUGGCCCUUUAGCUAACCCCAUCAGCAAUGGAUUGUGUGUUCUCUGGGAUCCAAGACUUUCAGUAUCCUUGGUUAACAGGUGAUUUCCCCUGGUGUCCUUCUACACGGCAGCUCGAAGGACAACACCAAGGGGUUCACCAGAUUUGACCUCCUUUCAAACUUAUAACCUGGAUGGGAAAUGUUUCAACUUUCUAAACAGCAGCAGCCUCUUUAUUUCUUUUGCCUUUUGAUAAUCCAACUGCCAUCUCAUAGUAGCAAACCCUACAAAAACAGUGAUUGAUCGCCCCCUGCUGGAAAAAGUAAAAAUUGCCUCCAAUCACUGCUGCUCUGUGGAACCAAGGCAGUGUUUCUGAGGUGGGAAAAUGUGUUCAGUUCCAUCAUGCCUCUGAGCAUCUGGCUACUGACUGGGAUGGGGAGCUCAGAAGUCCUGCCAGGGUGCUGGCUCUGGUGGGAUCCAAACACAGUGACUUGGUUUGCUCAGCUACGCGUGAUAACCACUCAUCAUUCUCCCACUGCUACCACCAACGAAAGGCGAAGCCUCCCCAGGGCUCUGCUGAUGCCACGGGAGAGGGGAACGCAGGUUAAAAUGAUGCAUUCCCGCUACCGAGAGAAUGGAUUAUAUCCAAGAUACCCCUGAUGGAACAGAAUUAAAUUGGCUGGGAGAGAAAAGAUGGAUUUUUUUUCCAUUUGGCAGCAAGAGGGACAAGCAAAUAUGAAUUGUCUGAAAUGAAGAGGAUGGGAGCUAGGGGCUCUGAGUCGCCACUCGUGUAGCUGGUGCGUACGUGGGUGGUCUGUACCCUGGAGGAUGAUGUCUGAGUCUCUGCUCAUCACAAUGGCUUUUGAAUGCAGCUGCUCUCAUGGGAUAACACUUGACAUCUAGUCCGCCCUGGCAGGUGUGAAUGGCUCUAGGGGCAGGAGAGAGCUGGGGCAGUGGUGUCUCUGCUUUAAUGGGACUUCAUCUGAUCUUUAAGAGGCUGAUCCGAAGUCAGCAGAAAGUCUCCCAUUGACCUCCAUGGAUUUUGGAUCAGGCGUUCAGUGGGGGUCGCUGCAUGAGAAGGGAAGAUUUCACUUGCAUGUGGCCACCUCUUGGGGUUCUUUCCCUUGGGGCUCAUCUCAGGCAACUCCGCUCCAGUGACCCACAGCACGUUGCAAGACUGAGCGCUCAUGGUGGCUGGGCCUCUCUGUCUUGCACCAAAUGAUUGCAUGUUGGGGUGUUCUCGGCCAGCAAAACCCCACAGGAACUCAACAGGAACAAGCAGGUUUAAAGAUGGAAAUUUCCCCCCAAGUUGUGCUCAGCCAGCCAGCAUCAGAUGAUCCUGGUGUGCGUCCACGGUCAGCUCCAAUGUGCUGGGCAAAGCCCUUCCCUUGAGGUGCCUCUGCCGGCUCCUCUCCCUGUGUGGCAGGUAGAGCAGGAGGGGGCUGUGUUGUACUGUAGCUGUGUGUGUGUGCACGUGUGGUCCUUCUUCAUUGUGGGGGUAUCAUAUGGGGGGGUUCUUUCGGUUAAGCUACCUCACGGUCUGAGCCUUUUUUUUUUUUUUUAAUGAUUUUGAAACUUGAAUUUGUACUGGAAACGCACAGUCUGCCAACACCUGCAUUGCUGAGCCGCUUGGGUUCUGGAGGCUUGUCCUGCCUUAGCAUUGCAGUGUGACAUACCGCACCUUGCUCUGCUUGGAAAAUGCCCCCUUUAGCCUUUAAAAAAGGGCCUUUGAUUGUUGGAGGCCCAACCUGACACUUGAAAGUGACCUGACCGCCAGACAGUAGGUGCUCAGGGCUUUCUCUUUAAGGGGUCAUGGGAUGGGCCCCUGAAAUAACUAGCUGCUCUUGAAAACCAUGACCCUGACUCUUACAUGGAGACCCUGUCUGCAAGUUGUCAAGAGGAGCUCCGAAUGCCACCUUGAGCCAACGUGGGCCAGGCGGACACCGGAAUGCCUCUCAAGCCCACAAUAAUCCUGCUGUGAGCCCAGAAGGGCCCGGGCGAACCCCCGGCCUACCUGUUCUUGAAAGCACUGAGGUAGCCUGACACUGAUUGAGCUGAAACUGAGGACCUGGGAAGUGGGGCCCUCAGAUUUAGUGAAAUCAGCGUGCGCCCUCCUGGUCCCAACGCUGGCUGUGGCCACUUGGGAAUAGCUCCUUGUCUGGAACCAUGCAGUGACCGAUUUUAUCAUGAUCUGGCUGCACUUAACCCUAAUUUAACAGGAGCCUCCUGUGGCAUCAUAUUCAGGACCCAUGUGAGAAUAAGGGUAUGGAGUUUCCCCUAAGCUCAUGUUGCAUACAGCUUGUGUUUGGGUGAAAUGGCCCCUAGCACAGGGACUCUUUCCCAGCCACCGGAUUAAUGUCCAUUUCUUUCUGAAUCCAAAUGCCCUUAGGCCAGAUUCUCAGCUGGUGAAAAUGGUCACAACUUCAUUGAUGGAGCAAGGAUGGUUUACACCAGCUGAGGAUCUAUUCCCUGGACUUUUAGCCACAAAAUUAUCCUUCCUCUUAACCAGGGAGAAAAUCCUGGAACAGCCCUAGCUGAAAGCACAACGCCACUUAAUCAUGGGAAUAAGGGGCAGCUUUGUAAUGUACAAUCAAAGGGGAAGCACAUUCCCCUGAACUAUAUAUGUUGCACCCCUUCUGGGGGCCAGUAACUCAAAGCACACCCCCUGAUGUACCCCUGCUGUCCUUGGUAGCUGAGCACAUUAGCCUCUUGGAAGAACUAAAGAGUCAUUUGUUCCUUGUCUUCAAAAUCUGCCUGCUAGUGAUAGCACGUGAUUGUACUUUCAGGCACCAGCACAGGCAAAAGGACAGCAGAAAUCAAGAGGCCCCUUUGGAUACAGUCACAUUGAUGGUACCAUGUAAGGUGGGGAGAUGGGGAACAAAUGCCUCCGUGCAGGGGCAGUGGGUGAACUGGGAGAGUUUAACUGGGUACAUCUAUUAUGGGAAGCAGGUAACAGGGCAGGACAGCGAGGGCUCAGGAGAUAAAUUCACCCCCACAAGUCUCCGUGGUGUUGGCACCAGCAGCCGGGGAAGGCAACUCGGGCUGAAAGGAGUCCAAGGUGGAUGCACGCCUGGGAACUGCAGUGAGCUGCGUCUCCCUAGCCCUGAUUCUGAUUCUGCCCUGUCGCUGCAGCGUCUAUGGGGCCACGAGAGUCAGGCCCAUAGACACACUCAUUUAUGGAUGUGUAACCUACACCCUUAAAAAUGGCAUCUGCAUCUGACCACCAACCUCUCCCAACCCUGCUCCCACUACCUCUCUCUCCCUCAUCCUUUCUGGCCCUAAAACCAUCCAGGACUUGACAGGCCAGUGACUGCCUUCCCCUAUUCACUGCACAAGAAGGGGGAGGGACAGGUCAGCACAGGUAGCCUUCAAGGCUGCUGCAGCAAUGGUGCCUCCUGCAGACUGAUGGUGAAAUUGACCAGUGGGGAGAUGAUGGAAGUUAUAGGUCUGAACUGCCUCCCUGGAAUGACUUUCUUUUUGUUUACACUGCAGGGCAUUGCAUGUACCCCUAGCAUGGCACCUAGGGGCCCUGUUCCCUUAUCUGCUGUCUGUGCAGCCUCUGCUCAUGCAGAACUCUCCAGGGGGCCCAGGCCCAGGGAAGAUGCCCUAACUGACAAUGGAGGCAAUUGAACUUGCUGUUUCUGCACUAUUUGCUCUGCUUUCUGUCUAGAGUCCUGCUAGACUCUCUGCACCUCCCACCGCCCCAACUGCUCCACCCUUGUCCUCUCCCGGCCAUAUGGGCCAUGCAGCUUCGUUCGCAGCACUGGCUGUGGUACCCUCCUGGAGCUGGGACUCACUCUGUCCCAUCUGCUACCAUGGGCGCAGCAGGGCCAGGGCUAAGGUCUAGCACCCCACAGCUCACUGGAUUAGCUGUUAGCACCCCAGAAUCAGAGUACUAGCCCAUUCCCUCUAAUCACUGGUGACAGGGCAGCAUCCUCUUCAGAAGCCAACUCCUUUAGCCGCCCCCACCCCUCCCUCAAGCCUUGUGGGAAGCCUGUGAUUCUGACAAGUCCCAUCCCUCAUGCUCCUCAGGACACAGUAGUAAACCCUCCCCCCCCCCCCUUCUGAGGGCCCUGUGCUGCAGGCUUUAUGUUGGGCAGGGCCGUGUGCCUGCAGCUGUGGUCUUCGCUUGGCGGUGCUCCCCAGCGUCAGGGUUACAGACCAGGUGCUGCACUACUUGUAAGGUGGAUUCUCAUGAGCAACAGAAUGUCCCGGCACUGACCCUCUCCCAGACCCUGCUUCCUUCCUGGUCCUUUACACUCAGCCCUUCAACUCCCUCAUUCUUCCAGCUGCAGUCCCAUCAUGCCUCGCACUGACCCUCAUUUCAGGUACAAUCCCCCAAAGAGCACAAGGGUCAGAUUUCUCUCUUGGUUGACUGGUGCCAUCACAGGGUCAGCAUCUCCCACGCCACCACCCCCUUCAGCCCUAACAACACAGUCGCUUGUUUUAACGUUCCUGGGGGUGCUGGGUCAUGAGACCCAAGGGAGUAGGAUGAAUGGCCUUCAUUGGUGACCUCGUGCCUCUGCAAAGGCAGUGGGCCAUUGGUAGUAGGACUGACCCCAAGCAAGGAUCCUUCCACCCCUUCCCUGCCAUACCCCAGAGUUCCACCAGGAGAUUCUUUUGGUGCCCAGCCCUGCAAUUCUUAGCUGCAUUGUCCCAUGCCUCACCUCGUUCAUCCAGGGGCUCCUCCACCUUACACUACAGCCCUACUUUACCGUGGGAUGAUGCCUGGCCUUUGGUGUAGUUGUCUGUGUGAUUUCUCCCUCAUCCCCAGACACAGGAAGGAACAUUGCUUUAUACUGAGGCUCUUUUAGUGAUGGGAUAGCAACCUUACCCCUGCCCUGCUUUUUCAGUGGGAGCAGCUGUUUAUGGAAAUCCAGAUGGUAGAGAUGGAGCAGAAAUAACACUGGGCACUUAGUCUAGCCCUCACCCUGUGUCUGUACUGUACAAGUGUUGCAAACAGCAGGUGCCUUUUCUUGCCCUGAGAUGUUUUUGGAGAUGUCAACGCUUGCUACAGCUUUUCUCUGUAUGGGUUGUGGGAUCCAGUGGCACAGUCUGUGUUCUGUGUAGAGGACAAGGUGUGUAUAUAUUUUAUACCUCGAUGUAUUACUGUAAAUGGGGUUAUUGAAGCCUCAUGCUGUACAUGGUUUUUUCCAAUGGACAUGUCUGUUCCUUGUGCUGUCUUCAUAAAUAAAUGCAUCAAAAUGAAA